AUGGCGUACAAGAUGUCCUCGUCCCAUGUCUUGGGUGGGCUCUCUUACACUCUCCGACUGCGUUGUGGGCGGAAUCUAGAUGCCGACGGUAUCUAUGACUUCUCAUACUCCUUGGAGCUUGCGAAUGCACCCCGUAACUCAAAAAAGGUUGCCUCUGCAGAAGGGCAUGUCAUUUUACGGGACCUCCUUGGUGCUUCUGGCGACUGGCAUGGCGAGAUGGACGCACCCUCGACUGAGACAAGCCGUCUCUCUGAAAUGUUUGAUUCCCAUGCUCGCCUUCUCGAGGAUUAUGUCCGGGAUCCGUACAUGCGGGGGACCGGCGUUUGGGGACACGAGCUUGACAAGGGCAGCAUCCUCCUUCUGACAGACCUGGAUGUUGCUCAGUCUCAUCGGCGGCAUGGUAUUGCUACAUGGUUGCUACAGCACAUCCUCGAUCGUGCGGCCGGCCCUGUCCAGCUCUCCUCCUCCCGCAAUCCGUCUAGGGCGAAGACCACUACUUGUACAUUUGCUAUGGCCUGGCCAGCGUCUAUUGGCUCUUCUCCGGAGGAACGCGAGCGACGCACGGAAAUCGCAGUCAAGACCUUUCGGGGUGUGGGCUUCAGGCGUAUUGGGCGUUCGCAUUUCUUUGCAAGGGUUCUGCAAGAUACGACACACCCCUCUCUCUUUCUUGCAGCUCAGGAAGACAUCAAGGAGGCUGCCUCAUUCGAGGAUGGCAUAUCUACUCCCGUCGCGAAUCCCAUCGACGUUGGUGUACCAACUCCCAUCGCGGAUUCCACCGAGCUUGGCCAACCUACUCCCAUUGCCAUUUCCGCCGGGGUUGGAGUCCCUGCCCCCAUUGCCGAGGGGCCACCGUCGCGAUACGUGCUGAGUACGCGGAUAAACGACUGGGCGGAAUAUGCCCGUCAGCACCCCAUCCAUGCCAUGAUCUGCGACCCGCAAUACUCAGAUGCAGACGUCGUCCGGGCUUUGUCAAAGCCUCUGACCGCGUUUGAGUGCAGCCAAAUCUGUUUUCCCGACCCCAACCACUUCAAUGCCACACCGCUUCACCUCGCUGCAGGGGAGUGCCGGCCGUCAGUCGUGGAAAAACUUCUGUCCUUGGGUGCUGGCACCAGUCUUUACUCGCGAGAUACGACAGGCUUGUUGCCGGUGGACUAUGCAGAGCAGGCGCUGAAGAACGCCGUGGCUGUUGGCCCACUUGUCCGUGGUGCAGAGGAGAAUGGCCCUCUCACCCGGGAGCCAGGUGGAGCAGUUCGCUGCAAGGCCACGUUGGUUGUGGCGAUGGCACAACGUGCUGCAUCACAAGGCGACUCUGCAGACGUAGUUACAUCCCGUUCCCGUAACGACGACUGUGUGGAACUUGAGUCGACGGCGCAACACAGUUCCAGAGAUGAGCGACCGACAGGUGGAUGCACCUGUGGCCGUUGCUCGGGAGGUUGGCUCUCACCCAUCAUGCUUCACCAGAUCCACCGCUGUGCCCAUGCUGCUGCAGAAGCAGUGCGGCAAGAGAUGGUGGGACUUCGCCCGGACGAGAUACGUGGGCGUACCCGAAUGUACAAAGCAUUCACAUUGGAGGUCAUACCGUUCAUGGAGUUCAUCCCUGUGUCUAUUCGUGAUGCGGGCGUGUACGCGACAUUCAUCAGGGGAUACGCUGCCGUCUUGGACGGGAUUGCAGAGCUCGCGAAGAGCAACUUGAUCCCACGCCCUGCAGCUGUAAUGGGCCAAGUGAUAACCUCUGAUUAUUUCGGAGCCCAGGCCAUGCAUUUCUUCCUCGAGAAGGGUGGAAGGGUAGAGCACGCGCUGAAUGCCGUUCUGCAUACUGCUUAUACUGAGAUAUUAGCUGCAGGGGACCUCGGUCCUGAAGCUUUGAACGAAGCUCACAGGGGGGGGCAGGGGCGUCUCCCGCGCUGCCAGAACGAUGGCAACUACCACCUUGCGCGCGUGAAACUCGGGAUUCCAGCGAAUAUGGAUGGUCCAUUCAGGAAGCUAUGGAGGGAUGACCUGGACUCUUCGGAUUGA